GAAUGAGCCGCUGUCCCCUCCCUCGACGCUGCACAGAGAGGCUCAGUGUGCGCGCGGUCGCUCAGCAGCUGCAGCAGCCGCCGUCCUGAGCAGAGCCCUUCUCGCGUCCCGGGAGCCGGCGCUGUCCUGCCGCCGCCGAGCCAGAGGCAGCUCCUUGUCCCUUUGGCGCCACGGUCUCCCUUCCUCCCUCCCGGCCCGCGCCGUCUACGCGCUCCCUCCCUUCCUCGCCUCAGCGCCCCGUGUGCGCCUCCGUGCCAACCCCGUCGCCUCAGCUCGGCUCUGCCCGCCCGUCCUUCGGCGCCCGCCGGGGAAAUGCGGGGCCUGUCCGGCUGGGUGGUGCUGCUGGCGCUCGGCAGCUGGCUCCGGCUGCGGGCGAAGGGCGCCGUGCCCCUGGCUGACUUCUACCCCUUCGGGCCGGCGCAGGGGGACACGGCCACCCCGCAGCAGGACGACGGCGGCUCGGGGCUCCGGCCCAUCGCCGUGAAGUUCCCCUUCUUCGGCGCGGCUCACAUGGCGCUCUACGUCAACAACAAUGGAAUCAUUUCCUUUUUGAAAGAAGUGUCUCAGUUUACACCAGUGGCUUUCCCCAUCUCCAAUGACCGGCGUGUGGUUGCUGCUUUCUGGGCGGACGUAGAUAACCGGCGUGCAGGGCAAGUGCAUUACCGGGAAACUAAGGACCAAGCCAUUUUGAUGAGGGCCACUAAGGACAUCCAGCAAUAUUUCCCAGAAUUCCCGCAGUUCUCUGCCCAAUGGGUAUUCGUGGCCACUUGGUACCAGGUCACCUUUUUUGGAGGAAACUCGCUUUCUCCGGUUAACACCUUCCAAAUAGUCCUCAUCACCGACGGCAUGCUGUCCUUCACUAUCUUCAACUAUGAGUCCAUCACCUGGACCACUGGAAUGCAUGCCAGCAGUGGAGGAGACUCAGCUGGCCUGGGAGGCAUUGCGGCCCAGGCAGGUUUCAAUGCCGGUGAUGGAAAGCGGUAUUUUAACAUCCCCGGAUCCCGCACUGAUGACAUUGUCGACGUGGAGAUGACGACAAAUGUGGGUAUCCCCGGGCGCUGGGUGUUCAGAAUCGAUGAUGCCCAGGUGCAAGUGGGGGGCUGCAACAACACAACAUCGGUGUGCCUGACACUCCGCCCUUGUCUGAAUGGAGGGAAGUGUAUUGAGGACUGCAUCACAGGUAACCCCUCCUACACCUGUUCUUGUCUGGCUGGCUUCACUGGAAAGCGAUGCCAAAUUGAUGUGGAUGAGUGCGCUUCCAGCCCAUGUCAGAACAAAGCCUCCUGCAUCGAUGGCAUCAACAGCUUCAGUUGCUGGUGUCCACCAGGAUUUAAAGGAGCCACGUGUGAAGUUGAGGAGUCUCCAUGUGAAGCCAAAGAGUGCCAGAAUGGCGGGGAAUGCCAAGUGGCCAACAGAACAGCUGUGUGCCUUUGCCAGCCAGGUUUUACAGGAGAAGAUUGUGAGACAGAAAUAAACGAAUGUGAUUCCAACCCAUGCCUGAACGGUGGGCGAUGUAUGGACCUAGUGGACAAUUACACCUGUGUGUGUGUGGCGCCAUUCACAGGACAGCGCUGUGAAACAGAUCCUUCAGCCUGUGAGGGCAGGAACUGCAGGAACCGACAGACGUGCAACUAUAUCCGCCCAGGGCGCUACAUCUGCACAUGCUCUCCAGGCUACUAUGGGAACAACUGUCAAUAUGGUGGGCCCAGAAUGCCCAGUGCCUGCAUGUCCAAUCCAUGUCAGAAUGAAGGCACUUGCCUUGAAAGCAGCCAAGGAUAUGUGUGUGAGUGUGCGGAAGGAUACACAGGCACUGACUGCGAAGACAAGCUCUCAGAGGACUGCGAGUGUCGGAACGGGGGGAAGUGUCUGGAUGGAAACGUCACCAUAUGCCAGUGCCCUCCAGGAUAUUUUGGUCUUCUCUGUGAAUUUGAAGUGACCGCAACACCUUGCAAUAUGAACACCCAGUGCCCAGAUGGAGGCUACUGUAUGGAGUACGGUGGCAAUUACCUUUGUGUGUGCCAUACGGAUUACGGCACAAACCACACUGAGCCACCCUCUCCUUGUGACUCGGAUCCUUGUCUGAAUGGCGGAUCAUGUGAAGCUCAAGAUGACUCCUACACCUGUGAAUGUACCCGAGGCUUCGUCGGCAGGCACUGUGAGAAAGCAAAACCAAAGCUGUGCAGUUCUGGGCCCUGCCGCAAUGGAGGGACGUGUAAAGAAUCGGAUGGAGAAUACCACUGCACCUGUCCUUACCGCUUCACGGGGAAGCACUGUGAGAUAGGCAAGCCUGACCCCUGUGCCUCAGGGCCUUGUCAUAAUGGGGGGACCUGUUUCCACUAUAUCGGCAAGUACAAAUGUGACUGCCUCCCAGGAUAUUCCGGGCGACACUGUGAGAUAGCUCCUUCUCCUUGCCUCCUGCAUCCAUGUGAAAACGGAGCCACUUGUCAGGAUCUUGGCAACAGCUAUUUGUGCACAUGCCCAGCUGGCUACACAGGAAGGCACUGCCAAUCAGAGGUAGACUGUGGUACCCCCAAGGAGGUGAAGCAUGCCCAGGUGGCAUUUAACUCCACUAAGCUGGGCUCUCUGGCAGAAUACCAGUGUGAUCUGGGUUAUGUUCUCAGUCCCCAGAAUAACCCCAGAGUAUGCAGAACACAAGGCGUCUGGAGUGACCCUCCAGAGUGUAACGAAAUUGAUGAAUGCAGAUCUCAGCCGUGUCUGAACGGAGGCUUGUGUAAAGAUCGAAUUGCCACUUUCCUGUGCUUGUGCAAAACUGGCUAUACAGGACACCACUGUGAGUUGGAGAUUGAUGAAUGCCUGUCUGAUCCAUGCAAGAAUGGUGGGACCUGCACAGAUCGACCAGGAUCCUUUGCCUGUCAUUGUCCUGAGGGUUUCAUUGGAACUCAGUGUGAAACGGAAGUGGAUGCCUGUGAAUCAAACCCUUGUCGGAACGGAGGAGAUUGCGAAAAUUACAGUGGCUCCUACCUGUGUGUCUGCCCAGAGGGCUUCUUUGGCUACCAUUGUGAAAUAGCUAGUGACCCCUGUUUCUCCAACCCCUGUGGGAGCAGAGGCUACUGCCUGCCCAGUAACGGAUCUCACAUCUGUACCUGCAAAGUGGGCUAUACCGGCAACAACUGUGAGAAAGAGCUGCUGCCACCAACGUCAUUAAAGGUGGAAAAGGUGGAGGAGACAGGGCUGACAAUCUCUUGGCGCCCUCCCAUGGACCCGGCUGCCAAGCAAAUGAUUGAUGGCUACGCCGUGACGUACGUAUCCUUCGACGGCUCUUACCGCUGGACUGAUUAUGUGGACCGAAGCCGUGCUGCCCACCAUUUGCGGGCACUAGCCUCCGGCAAAGCCUACAAUAUUUCUGUCUUUUCAGUCAAACGCAAAUCGAACAACAAGAAUGAUAUCAGCAGGCCCGUCAUGCUCGUCACUCGUACUAGACCUCACCCAGUGGAGGGAUUUGAAAUUGCCAAUGUGACUGCCACAACCAUUACUGUGCAAUGGGCUCUCCACAGGCUCAAGUACGCCACGGUCAGCAAGGUGCGUGUGUCCAUACGGCAGCCGGAUGAUGUGGAGGAUCGUGCUGUGGAGUUAAACAAUACAGUGACAAAAUACACAUUCUGGGACCUUCAGCCAGGGCAGAAGUAUCUUAUUCACAUGUGGACCUUGAGUGGCCUCGGUGCAGAAGACCAUCCCACUGAGAGCUUUGCUACUGCACCUGUCUACGUGUGGACACGACCUCUUCCUCCUAGAAACCUCACAGCAUCCAGAGUCACAGCCACCUCUGUUCAGAUGGUCUGGGAACAGCCCCUGGUUGGCACAGUGGAAGGUUACAUCAUCAAUGUCACCACCAGUCAAAGUGUGAAGAGCCGCUACGUGCCCAAUGGGAAGCUAUCUUCCUACACAGUGCGUGACCUGAACCCAGGUCAAAGAUAUCGCUUAUCAGUGAUGGCUGUUCAAAACACAGAUCAAGGACAAGUAACUAGCGAGCCUGCCCACCUGUACAUUACGGCCUUGCAGAAGGAUGGCACCCUAGAAAGGCGCUGGAGCCAAACAGGGCAUCCCCGUGUGCUGAGAAACCGGGUCCCCCCGGCAUUCCUGCCAGAACUGCGUCUGCUUGCUGAUCACAAUGCCCCUGAGGAACCCUCACAAGCACCUAGGUUUACAGAGCUAGUGGAUGGCAGAGGGAGGAUCACCACUAAAUUCAGCAACUUGCCCAGUAGAUCUGUCACUGUGAGAACACAACCUGAGGCUCCCAUGAAAAUGGAAGAAAAUGGGGAGGAAUCAACCAAACAGGUCAGCCAGGCACUCCACCUAUCAGAACCUGAGAACAGCAAGAGGGAAAGUGGCAAGCAGAACUGUUCCAUAAACUUCUGCCAAAACGGGGGGACCUGUGUUGCUGGCCCAGAGUCUUAUCACUGCGAUUGCAAUCCUGGAUUCAAGGGCAGACAAUGUGAACUAGCCUGCAAGAAGGUGCCUCAGUCUUGUACUCGGCUUUACUCAGAAACCAAAUCCUUUCCCGUCUGGGAAGGAGGUGUCUGUCAUUAUCUAUACAAGAGGAUCUACAAAGUGCACCAGGAUGUCUGCUACAAGGAGAGCUGUGAGAGCACUGUUUCAAAUAAGGCACACAGCAGAAAACAAAGUAACAGACACUGAAGCCAUAUAGUUGCAGAACACUCAACAUUUCUUCUAACUGGAUUGGAAAAAAGGAGAGACCCUCCAGCAAGAUCUAUGGACUUUUCUUCCUUUGCCUUGUUCAGGAGGUGUUCACCAAAUAGCCAUAUCCCUCUCUCUUUGGCAGGAUUAUAAGGGUCCGCUUACCUUUCUUCAUAGCACCUGAAUUUAUACAAGAUGAGUGACAUGUUAGAAAAGUCUCUCUCAGGAUUGAAGUCUAUUAUGGGCCACUUGCCGCAAGGGCAGAGCCUAAAGUUUCACCAGUGAUGGAGAUACUGGUUAUAUAAUCUGUGGCCACUGGACUACCUUAAAAGAAAAACAAGCCCUGAAACAAAUGUUCUGGAUUAUAACCAAAAGGAGAACCUCCCUGGCAUAAAAUUUGAUGUUCAAAGCUAAUCACAAGUCUAAAAUACUCCCAUUUGCAAACAGUGUGUCUUUUAAAAAAACACUAGGUUCUUUUCCUUUGUUUUUUCCCUUUUCAAGAUUAGUUAAUGAAAAGCAACAAAUCUGACAGCCAGCUACUGCUGUGCCUUUUUAUUGCUAACAAAUUACUAGCAUUUCAAAAGUUAUUCUAGAGGAGGGGGGAAAGGGCUGCAGAAGCUAGAAGUCUAUAUCCAUUUUCAACAACAGAUCAAACAGGCUUUUAGUUAUUCAGCCUGUGGACAUGCUAUUCCGUAAAGUGAUUAGAAAAUGCCAUGCCUUAAUAAUUAAAAAAGUUGAAAACCCUUCUAACCACUCUAUGAAGGGUAACUAGAUUGCUUUCCUAUUUAAGUCAGGAUUGUGAUGCCAGUGGAGGAAAAAUAGCAGAGCAUUUCUUCCUUCUUCCCAGAUGUUCAUUUGCUACAACUCCCAAUAAUGGCCAGCUACUCAAGGAGCCUUAAUAUUUCCUAGAUUUGUGAGUUUGUAUGACUAAAUAUAAAAUUGUGUUUAAUAUACAUACACUGUAUAUUUUAUAAAUUAAUACAGCCAGAGGUUCAAUUACAGUUUGCCAAUUAUUAUUCCUGUAAGUACUGGUAGCUCUCUAGCAGCCCAUUCAGCAAUUGCAAAAAAGAAG